AUGAAUAACCGACUCAUUACUUAUCUAGAAGGAAACCAGCUUCUCUCAUCUAUACAGUUUGGUUUUCGAGCUGGUAAAUCAACCUCAGACGCGGUACAUGAACUCACCGACUAUAUAGUCACAGAAAUGGAUGGUGGACAAAAGGUUUUAGGCAUCUUUUUAGAUAUUGCCAAAGCUUUUGACACGGUUUCCGUACCCAACCUUAUGUCAAAGAUGGAAAGCCUAGGAAUCAGAGGUGUGCCACUGGAUCUCUUUAAAGAUUAUUUAAGUGAGCGUACACAGAGAGUUAGGAUAGGCGAUUAUCUCAGUGAUGAGCGUGUACUCACAUAUGGCACGCCCCAGGGGAGUGUAAUUGGCCCUACACUCUUCCUUAUCUAUGUCAAUGAUAUAGGUAUGCUCACUCUACCUAAAGGCAGGGCGGUAAUGUUUGCUGACGACACUGCUCUUGUGUUUAGUGGUAAUACGUGGAGUGAAGUCUACGAGCGUGCUCAAUCGGGGUUCAAUAUUGUAUCUAAAUGGCUAAGAAGUAACCUAUUGACCCUGAAUAAUGAUAAAACACACUACAUCACAUUCUCUCUGAAAGGCAAUCCUUCAACCUCAAAAGCCCCACCUUAUACAAUACUGGCCCACACGUGUCCUGAACCGCACAGAGGUCAGUGCCCUUGCACUCCUUUACAAAAAGCACAUACCGUCAAAUACUAG